AUGUGCAGAAAAGCAAGUCAAAACGGAGAAAGGAUAGAUAAAGAAGAAUUAUUUGACCAAUUAAAUUCUUGGCUUGAAGCACUAGCAGAAAAUGAAAAACAUUGUUAUGAACUAAAAAAUCAAAAUUUGGCACUCAAACGAACAAAUUGUGAAAUUAGAGGGAAAUUAAAGGAAGCGGAAUUGGAACUUUGGAUUUACAGAACAGAAUCUAGAAGGGAGGCGAAAAUAGGGAAUGAUUAUAUAAAUAAAGGAAAAUGGAAGAGAAGUUGUAGUGCUGAACAAAUUGGGCAUAAUGGACCUCCAUUGCUACGUGCUCAACAAUUGAAGAAGUGGAAAGAGGUUGCUGGAACGUGUUUUAGAGAGGUAUUGUAUUAA